AUGCUGCUCCCGCAGCUCUGCUGGCUGCCCCUGCUCGCCGGGCUGCUCCCGCCCGCGCCCGCGCAGAAGUUCUCGGCGCUCACGUUUCUGCGAGUGGAUCAAGACAAGGACAAGGACUGCCAGCUGGCGUGUGCGGGUUCCUCACAGAAGCCACUGUGCGCGUCUGACGGCCGGACCUUCCUGUCCCGCUGCGAGUUCCAGCGUGCCAAGUGCAAGGACCCUCAGCUGGAGAUCGCUUACCGGGGCAACUGCAGAGACGUGUCCAGGUGUGUGGCCGAGAGGAAGUACACCCAGGAGCAGGCCCGGAAGGAGCUGCAGCAGGUGUUUAUUCCGGAAUGCAACGACGACGGCACCUACAGCCAGGUGCAGUGUCACAGCUACACGGGAUACUGCUGGUGCGUCACGCCCAACGGGAGGCCCGUCAGUGGCACGGCCGUGGCCCACAAGACGCCCCGGUGCCCCGGUUCCAUAAAUGAAAAGUUACCCCAACGGGAAGGCACAGGAAAAACAGUCUCCUUGCAAAUCUUUUCCGUUCUGAAUUCAGAUGAUGCCUCGGCCCCAGCGCUGGAGACUCAGCCUCAAGGAGACGAAGAAGAUAUUGCGUCCCGUUACCCCACGCUUUGGACUGAGCAAGUUAAAAGUCGGCAGAACAAAACCAAUAAGAAUUCAGUGUCCUCCUGCGACCAAGAGCAGCAGUCGGCCCUGGAAGAGGCCAGGCAGCCCAAGAACGACAACGUGGUGAUUCCGGAGUGCGCCCAUGGCGGGCUCUACAAGCCGGUGCAGUGCCACCCGUCCACCGGCUACUGCUGGUGCGUCCUCGUGGACACCGGACGCCCCAUCCCCGGCACGUCCACCAGGUACGAGCAGCCAAAAUGUGACAACACAGCCCGGGCUCACCCGACCCGAACAAGGGACUUGUACAAGGACCGUCCGCUGCAAGGUUGUCCGGGUGCCAAAAAGAAUGAGUUUCUGACGAGCAUUCUGGACGCGCUGUCCACAGACAUGGUGCACGCCGUGUCCGACCCCUCCUCCGGCAGGCUUUCCGAACCCGACCCCAGCCACACGCUAGAGGAGAGAGUGGUCCACUGGUAUUUCAAACUACUUGAUAAGAACUCCAGUGGGGACAUUGGCAAAAAGGAGAUCAAGCCCUUCAAGAGGUUCCUUCGGAAAAAGUCAAAACCCAAAAAAUGCGUGAAGAAGUUUGUCGAGUACUGCGACGUGAAUAAUGACAAGUCCAUCUCGGUGCCGGAGCUGAUGGGCUGCCUGGGGGUGACGAAAGAAGAAGGUAAAGCCAGUGCCAGGAAGCGCCCCACCCCCAGAGUUAAUGCUGAAAGCACUUCUAAUAGACAGCCAAGAAAGCAAGGGUAGCGGCUCACACAUCCAAGGCGGUUCCUGGACACGUGGGAGACUCCCUCACCAAAAAGCAAUUAAAAAAACCCAAAAACACAUAGUAUUUGCACUUUGUACUUUAAAUGUAAAUUCACUUUGUAGAAAUGAGAUAUUUAAACAGACGGCUUCAAUCUGUGAAAUGGAAGGGCUGGCUUCAGAAAACUAAUCACAUACAAUGUAUGUGCCCUCUUUUGGCCUUGGAAAUCUGCACUUCGUAGAGAUGUAUUCUGAGUGGCUUCAGGCUUACUUUCUUUAUCCCGCACAUGCUGACGUAGUAGAGCUGUGAGCCGCGGCCCCGACCCCCUGCCCUCCCCCCACC